UCAAACUUCCUCUUUCAGCUCAACCAGCCCACGUCAAUAUUUCUGCUGAUCAGAGUCUCUUGGUUCGAUGUGAAGGUUGAAACUGAGGAACGUUUCAAACUCCUGCCGACGAGUCACUGGAUCUGCCGGUGGAUGGAUUCUGCUCUCAGCUCGUCUCGCCGGUUCCUUCGCUGCUCCAGUUUUCACUGAGUUCACGACUCGAUGGGGAGCUGCGACCGCAUGUCGUCGUCUCUCUAUGGAUCCAGACUCGUCAGCUGGUGCGUGGACGAUGAGGAGCCACCGACAGCUUCAGAAGAUAGUCCUCAGUCAGCUGCUUCAAGUUCGAUCCCACUUCUGCUUCUUCCAACCGACGGAGGUGAAGCCAACGCGACGUUUUCCCGUCAGCGCCCACAGCCGACUUUCACAAAGAGGAAUCAGCAGAAUUCCUCGGUACGUUCCCACCAGUCGAACCCAAACUGCAGAUCCGCUGUCCACAACGACGACGAAACCACCGGCGCUCACAGUGACGAAGGCAGAAAAGAGAAUCUGACGCCUCUGGAUGUAGGAACCCAAACCAAACCAGACAAUGGAAACUUCAGCCUUCUCCGGAGCAGCCCAGUUAUCUCCAGACGCAGCAGGCCCAUCUCCUGGACUGGAGGAGGAACCGGGAAUCCAACAAGCUCCGACUCUCCAUCUCCUGCCUCUCUGCGUCCUAUUGUGGAAGACGUGGGAUCCAAACCGAGCUCCUGCUGCCGCUCAGUUUCAGUCCAGGCGGACGAGAAGCAGCGCUGCAUCUCUGCAUCGUCGGAUCUGAACCGCCUCCUGACUGACGAGCACCUUCCUGACGGUGGACGGCAGGGAUCAGCUGAGGAGCACCGAGGGCCUCAGUCAGAAGGUUCAACUGGUGUGCUGAGCUCAACACAACCCGUCAAAGAGCGACGGUGCAGCAGUAUCCCAGAUUUCUCUGCAGACAUCUUCAAGACCAGCUGUGAUCUGGAAAAGGAGAACGCUCAUUUCAUCGUGGUGGACAUGGUGUUGGAGAUGCUGGAAGGAGCCAAGUGGUCUCUGAGCUCCAAUCGAUGGACCUCCAACAAGCACUGCGAGAUGUGCACAAAGAGUCGCACAAGCUCUGCACAGGAAACACGCAAACUGAUACGUAAAACAUACAAACCGGCGCGAAGCUCCAGCGUUUGGGACGCCGAGAGAGAAAACAGCAAGCGCAGACGUCCAGACGAAGAAAGAAAGACGCCAGGAGGAAGUCAGGAGGAAACAGGAAGCGACGAAGCUGAACACCCUGUAAAGACUUUCUCUGUUCUGUCCACUGACAGCGGAUUUGAAGGCUGCCAGUUGCCGGGUAACGGCGGCGUGGCGGUGAGCGGCGGCAGCCUGACGGAGGAGAUCCGGCUGAGGACCAGGAUGAGAGGAUCCCUGAACUGGGCUCCGCCUCGGUUCCAGAUCAUCUUCAGCGUCCAGCCGACGCACAGACGCAGUGAAGUCGUGGCUUCGCAGCACUUCCUGUGUGCAGGUUGUGGGACUGAGGUGGAGCCCAGAUACAUCAAGAAGCUGCGAUAUUGUGAAUACCUCGGCAGGUAUUUCUGCGACUGCUGCCACAGCGGCUCCGAGGCUGUGAUUCCUGGUCGAGUUCUGUCCUGCUGGGACUUUGGCAGAUGCUCUGUCAGCGAUUUCUCCAAGCAGCUGCUGGAUUCGGUUUGGAAUCAGCCGCUGUUUGAUCUGAACUGUGUCGGUAAAACGCUGUACGGCCGAGUGAAGGAGCUCGACAGGUUCAGGGAGCUGCAGGAGCAGCUGUUGGGCAUCAAGAAGCUGCUGAAAACCUGCAGAUUUUCCGGAAGUGUUCUGGCCGAGUUCGGGCAGCUUCCUGCUCACCUGCUGGAGAAGCUUCACCUGUUCUCCAUGGACGACCUGUUCAGGGUAAAGAAGGGUCAGCUGUUGCUUCAGGCCAGAAACCUGCUGCACUCGGCCAUCGAUCACGUUGAAAACUGCCAGCUGUGUCUGGCUCGAGGCUUCAUCUGCGAGUUCUGCAGAGAGAAAGACGUCAUCUUUCCUUUUCAGACUGACACCUGUAAACGCUGUGCAGCGUGUAAGGCCUGCUUCCACAAACACUGCUUCGCGGAGAAAAAGU